CGCUAACACCUGUAGGUCAUAUGCUUGCGUCGCAGUAACUCUGAUUUAUUGGUAUUCUUAAAACGUAGUGCACGGCAGACAAAGUGAGGACGGAAACAUGAGCACUUGCGGCGCUGGACGCCAUUUAUUCGGUUCUGGGUCUGUACGCGUCUUUAUUUUACCAUUUAAAUUCGGCAUUAUUUCAGUCAUUUGGUGAAAUUUGGCAGCCCCGUGCAUAGGUACUUGCCUGCAUUAGAGUGUAGAAGAGUUCUUUGCAGAGCCAAAAAUUAACACCGCGUGUAACGCUCAGCGUUUCAAACAGUAGGGUCCGUUUUUCUUUUUCGUUGUGACGUUGAUACAUAUACGCGUUGUUUAGAGUCAUAUCGACGUGAAAAUUGCUUCCUUUGUACAAGCUGUGUGGAACCUCGAUGCUAAGUGGAAUGGUGGUGACUUAGCUAUUUUAUGAAACAAUGUAUCAGAGAUACGUUUCUGUGACAAUUUGGCUGCAGGCACAAGAGUUUACUAUUUAUACUGAAAUAGCGGCGCGCUGAUGGAAUUGAAAGAGAAAGUAGGUCUAUAAUUACAUUUAUCAUUUUUCAAUAACUUGAAGAAAGAUAUGAGUACUCUCCUCACCGCUGUGAGCUUGGUCCUGUUUCUGUUGGGCAUCUGUUUUUCUGGGGCAAAUCGGCCCGCUGCUCCAGUCAACAUCUCUGUCAACCACCUGAGGGCACACUCAGCCAUGGUGUCCUGGAAUGUUCUGGAGGGAGAAGCUGUAAUUGGCUUUGCCAUCUCACAGCAGGUUCAACAGUUACUACCAAGACAAGAUGGCCUGACACAGCGUUUCAUCAGGGAAGUUAAUACCACUAGUCGUGCUUGUGUGCUGUGGGACCUAAAUGAAAAUACAGAUUACAUUAUUCAGGUCCAGUCCAUUGGACUACAUGGAGAGAGUCAAGCCAGCAAGAGAGUUCAUUUUCGAACCCUUGAAAAAGCAGACCACUUUCAAUCUAUCAUGGCUCAAGGUGACCCUUCUGUAGAAGGACUAGACAUUUCCAGACGCCUUCAGACUGGGGAGAUGUUAAUUAUUAUGACUGUGCUACUGUUGUGGGCAGCUGUGAUUGCUCUUUUCUGCAGACAGUAUGAUAUUAUCAAAGACAAUGAUUCCAACAACCACAGCAAGGACAAGACCAAGCCCCUCUCAGUAUACAGCACCCCAGACUAUCAUAGCGGAAGUUUGACAGGAAGUAAGAGAACGGUAUCAUCUGUAAGCAUCAUUAAGGUCUGACCAGUGGAACAAAUCCAAAUCUUCCCUUUUCUUUUUUGGAGGGAAAUCUAUAAGGCCUCAUUCAAUAGUAAUAACAGCCAGUUUUGCGCAAUACACUGUAGUUUCUGUAAUCAGUGUCAAAUCUUGAAUGAAUAUUGCAUGCUACAAUCAAUUUAUAAUGAACCAACAUAAAACAUAAUUUCUCCUGCUGCCAAUCUUCUAUGCAAAACAUUAAAAUUCUUAUGCCUGCCAUAACAUUAACAGCCCAGAAUGGAACUGAUAUCCAUAGCACCAGGAAUGGGACUAAAGAAGGUCAUAUUGGACUAUAUUUACUGAUGGAAUACUGUAUGAUUAUUUUAAAAAAAUGCCAACAAACCAAUUAAAAAGGCAAUCGACUCACCCAAUAGUUACAAUAGACGUCUCUUACCUUUUUUGAUUCAGUUUUACAGACACAGUUUGAACACAAUCUUGGACUAUUACACUGUUGAUAGGGAUUCUCAAAAGUCAACAAGGCUUCUAUUUAGUCUUAAGAUUUGGAUUAAUAUGUGACUAGAAAACCUGCCUCUAUUGUCUGGUUGCAAUGAAACAUAACACAGUAAUACUGUUGCUUUGGGUGCUAGUGUUUUACCUUAGUGCUUUACUGUAUUAUACAAUAUGUUGUAUCUAAAGAAUGAGACAGUGGGCUGUUGUUUUGAAAAUAUGAUUAACUGCUCAUUUGAAAGUUAGAUUUGAGAAUUCUGAGAAUGUUAUUAACAGAGGUCUUUAGUAGAAUCAUACAUACACUAUUAAAGUGGUAUACAAACUCAAAAUGUUUUUACCUGCAUGUCUUUCUCUGUUUAUUCACAAUAUAUAACAUGUGACAUGGAUAUUGUUUAGAUUUUCCACAUUAAUAACUAUUUAGUAUGUAAAAUGUUAUUUGUUUAUUUGGAUCAUAUCAUAAUAAACCAAGCUAUGAGCUG